AUGGCACAAAAUGUAGCAACAACACCAAUCAAACUGUCCAUACUUUUGCUUCUAGCAAUGUUUGUAUGUUCACACUCACAGUCUGAAGGUGUCCUUCCCCAGCUCCAGAAAACCAACAUGACCAUAUAUUUCCAGGAUCGAUUUGCAGGACCCAAUACGACCACUGUCCCAAUCACUGGCAUCCCCGGUCACCUUUGGACGUUUGGGAGCUUUGGAACUGUGUUUGGCAUCGAUAGUCCAAUAACCCAAGGCCUUGAAGGGAGUUCAGAGCAAAUCGCAAGGGGACAAGGCGUCCAUGUGACAUCAGCAUUGGAUGGUUCAGCUACAUAUGUGUCGAUAUCGAUAGUGUUCAUGAAUAAAGAGUUCAAUGGUAGCACCCUGGAAAUACAAGUUAGCCACCAUCUCCAAAUGGCACAAAAUGUAGCAACAACACCAAUCAAACUGUCCAUACUUUUGCUUCUAGCAAUGUUUGUAUGUUCACACUCACAGUCUGAAGGUGUCCUUCCCCAGCUCCAGAAAACCAACAUGACCAUAUAUUUCCAGGAUCGAUUUGCAGGACCCAAUACGACCACUGUCCCAAUCACUGGCAUCCCCGGUCACCUUUGGACGUUUGGGAGCUUUGGAACUGUGUUUGGCAUCGAUAGUCCAAUAACCCAAGGCCUUGAAGGGAGUUCAGAGCAAAUCGCAAGGGGACAAGGCGUCCAUGUGACAUCAGCAUUGGAUGGUUCAGCUACAUAUGUGUCAAUAUCGAUAGUGUUCAUGAAUAAAGAGUUCAAUGGUAGCACCCUGGAAAUACAAGGUGCUAAUUAUCUAUAUGUGAAUGUGAGAGAGCUUGCGGUGGUAGGUGGAACCGGACAAUUCCGAUAUGCAAGGGGCUUUGCUACAUUUGAGACGGCGUUUUUGGACAUGAAAGCUGCUUAUGCUGUUAUUAGGUGCAACAUUACUAUUGAACAUUACUAG